AGAGAGAUUACUUUCUUUAUUUUGCAGUGGAUUCCCCCAGCCUUAUUUGGAAAGGUGUGCAUUAGGAUUGCUUUUGCUGGUCUCUCCCCCUUUUUCUAGGGCUGGGCUGGCUGGUGUGUGUGUGUGGUGCAGAGGUCCUCUGACCUCCACAGAAGACCUAGAAGCUUAUCUGCAUGAGUAUUUACAGCUGUCCUGCUAGGUGGGUGCAGCAGGGAGAACAGUCUCCACCACUGUACAUUAUGCAUGCUCAGUGGACGAAAUGCGCAUAAGGGGCAUCAGUGCACCAGAAGCUGACUUCUGGGGAGGGACCACGUACUGGGCCCUCAGACUGAAGGCAGUUUGGGAUUAUGUGGCACAGAACUCUGUUUGCCCUCCCAGAAUAGAGACCAGGACCACCCCACUGAGUUCAAUGAAAUUUGCUCAGAGUGGGUGUUUAGGGUUAAGAAGAAAAUUCAGACCAGUCAUUCCCUGGCUACCUAGUAGUUAGCACAUAAACGGGGAGAAAGAGAUGUGCGACACUGGUCUGUAGUGACUGGUGCUUUUGGUGGUUGGGGAAUAUUCUGAGGUCUCUUUGGGGCAUGGAUUGAUCUGACACUGGAGUGGACUACCUGCAUAUCAGAGGUAUCUCCAUUCACCAGCUGCCAAGGAACUUUAGUGGAGGGCGCUUUUGCACUCAGAUCCUGCUUGUGGGAUCUUUUGGGCAGCUGGUUGGCACUGGGUGAAAAGAAUGCUGGAUAAGGUAGGCACUUGGUCUAAUCCAGCAAGGCUUUUCUUAUUUAUUUAAUGUCUACACACCCAGUAACCGAAACGCUCUGGGUGGCUCACAGCAAUUAAUCAAAUACUGAGGGCUGAAGACAAUUGGCAUUUUAAAGAAUGUGAUUGGAGGCAUGUGGAAGGAUCACGUCUCUACCGUCCCUGUGAUGGUCUGGGUGAAUAUCAUAGCUCAGUAGCACAAGGGACAACCUGGGGGAAGGGUUUUGAAGGUGUGAACGGACACCAACACCUGCUUUUUUCCCAGGUGUCUGGGAAGCAGCUGUCUUUUCCUGUCAUAAUAACACGUGGGAAUGGGGAUGGCAGGAGGCAUUUGUAUUUUAAGUUGAUUCCAAAAUGGUGGGGAGCCAGCAGUCAAAACUGGCAGAUCACCUUAAGUCUGGCGACAGGCUAUGUAUUUUCCCUAAAAGCCACAGGCAGUUUGACAGAGGGCUUAAUGGUCAUGAUAUGUGUGAGAAAUCCCCCUUUUAUUCCUUUGGUAAACCAGAUUCUGUAUUGUGUUAAAAACUUGCUUUACCAGAGGCAAUGCGUGGUGCAGAAAUCGCAAUAUGGACAGAGGGAAGUGUGUCUCUGUCAAACCACUCCUGGUUCUCUCAAGAACCGACAGAUUGUCUGCAACCAAAAGAACACGGGAGGCUCAGUCAGGAUUGUUUGUUUGUUCAUAAAAGAGGUAUUUACAAAUUGUCUGGAGGGGCUGAGUGGCAAAAGCUUUAGGUCCUAUAGAAUGAGUGAAUUUGCAUUCAGUUUACUUGGCUGAUUGACUACAUCCUGAAUGGGAGGGUGGCUUUCAAGAUAGGUCAGAUAGGUCCAUAAGAGUAACAGUUUAGACGGCUAGUCAUUAUUGGUUAAAACAGCCCUGCAGUGUUCAGAAACAGCCUACCUUGGCUUUGUAGAUUCCAAAGACAACCCAGCUCAGUGCCCACCUCCGUAUCUUGCUUGUGAGCUCCUCUAGGGGCCCAUCCAGUAUGUUGGUUCUUGUAGCAGGACUAGCUGAGAAUCUUACUUUCCGGAGUGCCCCGGUGUCCCUUGCCCCGCUGCAGCUUCCCAUUGAAUGGUGUUAAACAGUGCAAACACUUGUGAAACCCGGAAGUGAAAGUGGGGGAGUUCAUGCGCUGUGGGCCGUGAGCGGAGCCACUUUGGAGACCGAAUGGUGGGAAAGCCACCGAGGAGCAGAAACAACAAAUUCCUCCUUCCAAACUGGCCGGAGUUCUGGAAAAUACGCUAUCACCAGCGCUCCAUUUGUGAUGCUCUCACAACUGUAACAGAGACUGUCUCCCUGGGCCUCUGGCGUUCAGUCGUGCAUAUAAUGGCAUUGUUAGAGCGGCCUUGCUUUUUCAAGAGGGCUCAGUAACCAGCAGCUCAUUCAGCGCCUUCACUUACGAGGCUUAGCUGGAUUCUCCUGCUGUAUUAUGCGUGAAUUUGUGAUGAGAUGCUAGAGCUGCUGCUGGAGCUGAGUAAACAGGACUUUGCCCGUCGGUGGGGUGCCGCAGGUCGCCACCCGUCACAAACUUCUUUCCUUAUUCAGGCCGUGUCAGUCCUGUUCUUCUGGGAUGCGCCGGAAUACAGUAUUCACUUAUCUGAUAGGGAAUGUUCCUGGCAGUUUACUGGCCGGUUUGUGCUUGUGUCGCCACAAGCAGGCUCCCACGACAAUGUUUUAAGGAUGCUUGUCAGGUGACCAUGACGCCAACAACAGGGCCUCUGCGUCUCACUUCGAUCUGUGGCCUGCCGAAAGAAAACUUGGAAGGAGCCGAGUCUCCUCAUUUGUUGUCCAGUGCCGUCAGUCGCUGUAUGUGAUGAAUAAGGAGCUUCCGCCUCUGGCUUGGCAUGCAAAAUCCUGUCCCUCCUCAUGCUGCCAGCUCUCUGCCUUGAGCCUAGAUGCUGCGCGAGUGAUUUCCUCACCCCUCUUGCCUUCUUAACUCUCUUACUUCCCAAGCCUCCCAGCAGCACAGGUAUUUUUCUUCGUUCAGCCUGACCCUCUUUCCUCUUCUCUUAGCAGUUGCAUUGCCGCCCACUAAUCCCAUGACAUCAUAGCAGCUAAGCCAGUGAGAUAAGGGAGUCCACAGGCAGGGGGAAAACGUUUUUAAGAAUCCAUAAUAUGCUAAUGAAAGUCGUUUGUGCUGAACUUUACUGGAGAGGUUUGCAGCUCAUUGUGCCUCUUCUGGAUUGGUGGCUGGGGAGGAGAGGGUGUGAGGGUGUUGCCUGAAUCCCGUGCCCCUGACGGUUGCAUCUUGCACCCUCCAGGCACAAGUCGCCUUUCUUCAGGGGGAAAGGAAGGGCCAGGAGAACCUGAAGACGGAUCUUGUGCGGAGGAUAAAGAUGCUAGAAUACGCUUUGAAGCAGGAGAGGUCAAAGUACCACAAAUUGAAAUUCGGCACUGAACUGAAUCAGGGGGAAAAGAAACCGGAUAUGUUGGAACCAGUCUCCAAUGGGCCAGCUGAGCCAAUUUCACUGGAAAGCAAUCAGUUCAUGUGGAAAGAAGGGCGCCAGCUCCUCCGGCAGUACCUCGAAGAAGUGGGAUACACAGACACGAUCCUAGACAUGCGUUCCAAGCGGGUUCGCUCGCUGCUGGGCCGCUGCUCCGUGGAGUUGAAUGGCGCCGCUGAACCCAGUGGCCUGGGGACCGGGCCCACCUCAGGGCCCGCCGGGCUGAAUGGAGGCGAAUCCCUCCUUGUGAAGCAGAUAGAGGAGCAGAUCAAAAGGAAUGCUGGGAAGGAGGCAAAGGACCGGAUCAGCAGUGCAGUGAUGGAGAAGAUCCCCUUCUUACAGGGUUGUGAGGAAGAGGACAGUGAUGAAGAGGAGGACUUGGAAGGCCUGCCCCUUGAGACGCAGCGGCAGCACAAGAAACAACGAGUAAAGCAGCUCACCAACAAGCCCCUGAUCCCGGAAGUGGAGGAUGAAGAUGAUGAUGAGGACUCAGAGGAUGCCCUGAGCGAGUUCGACUUCUUGGGCUCUGGGGAGAACGGCGAGGGCUCUGGGGACACACGGCGGGCCGGAGAUGGCAAUGCAUUUGAAACCCGCCGGGUGAAGUUGCAAGGCAUGCUUGCGGAUCUCCGGGACGUUGAUGGGCUUCCUCCUAAGCCAUCCAUGCCAUCGGCCCUCUCCAGCCAGCCCAGGUCGCACGAAGGGUCGCUGGGCUUCUCUUCGGAUGUGUUUAUCAUGGACACCAUUGGUGGAGGGGAGGUCAGUCUGGGUGACCUGGCCGACCUGACGGUCACCAAUGACAACGAGCUGAGCUGCGAUCUCUCAGACAGCAAGGAUGCCUUUAAGAAGACAUGGAACCCCAAGUUCACCCUCCGGAGCCAUUACGACGGGAUCCGGGCGCUGGUGUUCCACCACGCCGAGUCUGCGCUGGUCACUGCCUCGGAAGAUGGUACACUUAAGCUGUGGAACCUCCAGAAGACGGUUGCUGCGAAAAAGAAUGCGGCUUUGGAUGUGGAGCCAGUCUAUGCAUUCCGGGCACACAGGGGCCCGGUGCUCUCCGUCGCCAUGGGCUGCAACAGCGAAUUCUGCUACAGUGGGGGAGCGGACGCACGGAUCCGCUGCUGGAGGAUCCCGGAUCUCAACAUGGACCCCUACGACGGUUAUGAUCCCAGUGUCCUCAGCAACAUCCUGGAUGGUCACACGGAUGCUGUCUGGGGCCUGGCAUUCAGCCCCUCGAAGAACCGCCUGGCUUCCUGUUCCGCGGACGGCACCGUGAGGAUAUGGGACCCAGCCAGCAGCGGCAGCGCCUCCUGCCUCAGCACCUACAACGUGGAAAGUGAAAAUGGGGUCCCCACCUCCAUCACAUUCGCCAGCACCAACCCUGCACACGCCGUGGCAGCCUUCCAGACCGGCCGCGCGGUGCUCUAUGACGUGGAAGCCGCCUGCCCUGUGCUGACGCUGGAGUCGAGACCGGCCAGUGGGGCCAGUCAGAUCAACCAGGUUGUGAGCCACCCAACCCAGCCAGUCACCAUCACAGCCCACGAUGACCGUGGGAUCCGCUUCCUGGACAAUCGGACAGGUAAAGCCAUGCACUCCAUGGUGGCUCACCUGGAUGCCGUCACCUGCCUUGCUGCAGAUCCCAACGGAGUCUUCCUCAUGUCAGGAAGCCACGACUGCUCCCUCCGGCUGUGGAACCUGGACAACAAGACGUGCACGCAGGAGAUCACAGCCCACCGCAAGAAGCACGAGGAGGCCAUCCACGACGUGGCCUUCCAUCCCAGCAAGGCCCUGAUCGCCAGCGCCGGGGCAGACGCUCUCGCCAAGGUCUUCGUAUGAAAGGAGGGCGGGCCCACAGGAGCGUCCCCAGGACUCCUCUGUCGCUUUUUUCUCCUUCUCUGGCCCAGCCAGUGGUGCUAACAACUCCGCUCCUUGCCAUGGGCACCUUCCAUCAUCUCCGUCUGAGCUCAGGACUGACCCCUGCUGGACAACCGUGGUGACCGGGGCGAUCGACCAGGGGGAAGGGCAGCUGCUUCCCUGGCCUUGGGGCUAACCUGCACCAGCACUGAAAUACUUUCCGUUCAUUUCAAGGUCGCCUGGUUUUUAUUUCCCAGCUCAGGGAAUGGAAAAACUUUCCUGGACUGCAGGCAGGGGAGGAGGGAGCCACGGCACGGGAUCUGUGGGGGGGGACCCCGGCCAACCUCCAGGCCGGCUCGAGCAGAGAGUUCUGGGCUCUCCCUCGCGCUUUUGACUCUCGGAAUAAGAACAUUGUGCAGACUGAAUGCAGCAGCAGCAGCAGCAGCAACGUCUCUGCCCAGACCCAGCGCAGGCCACCAUGACCGCCCCCUCCCGGCUGAGCUCCCUCGCCCACGCCACCGGAGGACCGCGAUGCAGUCGGGGGAGCUCUGCCGGCCCUCCCCGGGCCAUUCCCGAGCACCAGCGCUUUGCAGCUGCAGGGGUGCCCACGCGGCCUGUCAGCAGCACCCCAUCUUGGGGCAAAAGGUGCCAACGGUUGGGCUGCCUGGGCCCUGCCAGGUGUCUCCACCACCCCCUCGUGCUUCCUUCAGUCCUUCUGUCUCCUGCUCCUCCCGCCCCCAAGUCCAGGUGCACGUACACCCAGUCAAAGCACUUACCAUGUGUGUGAGCAACGGGGGAGGCGUGAGCUGGGGGGACGGGGGGUGUGGGGAAGGGUGCCCCCCCAGGACCGCUUCCAGAUACCCCGGACGAAGCAGGAGCCCUUGCCCUGGCCCUGGCCGCACUGGCAUCCUCCCUCUGGAAGAGGCCGCAGGUAAGAGGGAGGAGGAGGCGCAGUGGAAAGAAGCAGCUCUAGGUAAGUGAAGCGGGGAGCUCGAGGUGGCACGUUGCGGGUGCCUGGGAGCCAGGGGUGGGCCGUCGCCCUCGUUGCUUGUGGCUGCUUUGCUUAAAUGGGAGAUCCGCCUGUGAGUAGGGGGAGGGAUCCCAGGUGGGGCUAGCU